AUGGACCUGCUGCAGCUACAUUAUGAAGAAAACUCUACCAUCGUCCCUAAGAAAGUGACCUCUGCUCCUCCCACUGCUCCUCCCACUGCUCCUCCCACUGCUCCUCCCAGGCCUGAUGAUUUCUGCACCUUUAAGCCACUGUCUUUGGCAGAUGCUGAGGAGGAACGCCUGUUAUUAGAUUCCAUUGCUUGGCCUGAAUCUCCACGUCCGCCACCUUUUUUUUUAUUAAACCAGACAAGUGAUCCCGCCCACAGCACCUUCACCAUUCUCCCAGGGAGGGGUGGAGUAGAGCGGCACAUAGGAGACCAGCUGGAAGUUAUGAUACAAAUGUACGACUUCCAAGGAAACCCCAAGAAGUCUGGAGGAGAUGUCUUACUUGCCCGGUUGCACAACAGGGCACUUGAAGCAGGUGUGGCUGGACGAGUGGUGGAUCACCUUAAUAGCUCCUACUCUGCUGUAUUCCCUUUACUCUGGGAAGGAAGUGCACAGGUUGAGGUAACGCUUGUCCACUCAAGCGAGGCUGUCACAGUUCUGCACAGGCUGAAUAGAGAACAUCCUGAAAGGGUUCUCUUUAAAAGCCUCUUCCGCUCAGGUUCAAUCUCUGAAACUGCCUCCUGUAACGUUUGCCUACGUCAAACCAACCAGCCACAGUGCAACUACACUGACCUCCGUACAGGCGAGCCUUGGUUCUGCUACAAGCCAAAGAAACUGAGCUGUGAUGACAGGAUUAACCACAUGAGAGCCGGAUUCAAUGUAAGACUCAAGGACAAAGAGGAGAAGCUUUUCCAAAGCAAAAUCAACCUGAAAGUCUUCAUUCACUCUUCAGGACCAGCCAAUGUUACUGUGCUGCCUCCAAGGAAAGGGCAACCUGAGGUCGAUCAAGGCAGUGGGAAGUCUGGACUCUCUGGGUAUUACUUCCAUGGUGUGUGGCGAUCACUUGGUGGCACCAAAGUCCACCAAUUCAACAACUCCUCUGCCAUCAGUCAGUGUCUGAAAGGAAAGGCGGUCCACAUGUACGGAGACUCCACCCUUAGGCAGUGGUUUGAGUACCUUGAUGCUUCACUUCCAGAUGCUAAUGAGAUUAACCGGAAUAGUCCGAAGAAAACUGGACCUUACAUGAUAUGGGACAAUGCAAAAAACAUCUUGGUAACAUACCGUGUCCAUGGUCCUCCUCUUAGUUUUAUCUACGUCCCAACCAGUGAGCUGCGUUACAUUUCCAAUGAAAUUGACGGGUUGGUAGGUGGCACCAACACAGUUGUAGUUUUUAGCAUCUGGGCCCACUUCAGCCCUUUCCCAAUUGAGCUCUACAUCAGACGGCUUCAGAGCAUCCGCAGGGCGGUGAUUCGUCUGUUGAACAGGGCUCCAGACACGCUGGUGGUCAUCAGGACUGCAAACCUCAGAGGUUUAACACCUUCUGUAUCGUUAAACUACAGUGACUGGUACACACUACAGCUGGACAAGGUGCUAAGAGCUGUGUUCAAAGGACUUAAUGUUCGACUAGUGGACGCUUGGGAGAUGACUCUGGCCCACCACCUGCCUCACAACAUUCACCCAGGCCGUCCUAUUGUUAAGAAUAUGAUUGACAUUAUCUUGUCCUACAUAUGCACCAAAUAGGGCUAAUAGAUGUGCAUUUGUUAUGAGCAGGUUAAAGACCUCACUCUUUUUUACAUUGUGUUACAGUAUAGCAGGUAAACUCUGUGUUAUCUGCAAAGACCCAAUAGUAAUCCAUCACAGCACUUAGCAACAUUUAGCGAAGUUACAGUGGCAAGGAAAAACUGUCUUUUUACAAACCGAAACCUUGAGCAAAACCAGAUUCAUGUUUAACAGCCAACUGCUGAAACAGUGUUGGGCUUGAAAGUAUGUGUUUUAUUAGCAGUAACAGUUAGGCAUGAUAAUAGACUGAUCAGUCUAAUAUUAACGUUAGUAACAGUAUGAUGAAACAGUUAGGACUGCUUAUGUUUGAUCAUGUGUAUGUUUUUAUCAGACCUCCGAAGGACUUUAUGUUUUUAUUUUUAUAAAUCAUGAUUAAAAUGAUAAUUUUGGUCAUGUAAAAAAACAUGUUUGUUGAGUUGAACUUUCGUGCACGGCCUGAAUACGCCCUCUUUUUUUGAGAAAUAGAAAUAUCGCAUGAUGGUCCAUCCAUGCUCAAACUGCCUGCAAUCCCUAAGUACAACGAGAAUAGAUUACCAUAAUAGGGAAAUGGGGAGCUUAAAAUGCUUAUGAAGAGUAAUAAUGGUUUGAAUAUGAACUUAUUGUUAAUCGCAUUGUGUAUUCAUUUAGAGGGAAUUAAAAGUAGUUGAAAAGUCAGUACCUUAGAAAUUACCUCAUGAAAAAUGAAACAGAACCAAUUGUUAACAGAUUUUUCAAACAAAAAAAACGUGUUUUAUUAAUAAAGAAUGAUCUCUGUCUAAAUGCAUAAAAGACCUAGAUGGUCUAAUUUACAUGCUACACAAACAUAGGCCGAAAUACACAAACAUGCACAAACAGGAUCCUCUGGACAUGCAUUAAUAAUGAGGUCUCAGAGUGAGUGGGCUGCCCACAGCAAGCUCUCCAGAGCAGUUUCAGGUUCGGUGCCUUGCUCAAGGGCACCUCGGCAGUGCUCAGG